CGAUUGAACAUUCCCUGGUGAACCGACGCACUGCGCACGCUUUCUCAUUCUCACUCGCUCGUUGGCGUUGGCAAUACGGUAGUAGGAAACGCCAAAUUGUCGUGUCCCGCGAGGAGUGGGUCGAGCGAGGAGUGGGUGGGUGGAAGUGGCCGCCACUUUGCGGACGUGGCAAAAAUGCAGGUUAUGGCGGUGCAGGCGGUGUCGUCGUCGUCAGGGUUCUUAGCGCUUAGUGCGGCCCAACCGCAGCAGCAACUAAGGGCGGAAGCAAGUAACGGCGAUGCUCGGGAACGAAGUUUUCAGGUCUACGCGGUGGCGUCGUUGAUUAACAGCAGCAGCAGCUGCAGCGGCAAUAGCACGAGGCGGUGGCUAAGUAGUGAAUUCUUUUCAAGGGGUGCAGAUGAGCUGGUGUUGUCGGCGGUCGCCACCAGCUCGAGAACGAGCAGCCUCUCCUCAACUCGAAGUCCUUCCUGUCGUCCACUCCAUCAUUUGAAGAUCGUCUGUAAAGAAUCCCGAAUUGGCAAAGCUCCAAUUGCGGUGCCUAAGGGGGUUGAGUACAAGUUGGGAGAGAACUCGCUGGUGGUGAAUGGUCCCCUUGGCCAGCUCUCAAGGGAGUAUCCACCGGAAGUGAAAUUGACAGUAGGGGACGAUGGUAUGUUGACUGUGGCCAGGGCGAUGGACACAAGACGAGCACGCCAAAUGCACGGUCUGUUCAGGACUCUCACCGAUAACAUGUUUGUCGGAGUAUCGAAAGGCUUUGAAAAGAAGCUGGAGAUGAACGGAGUCGGAUACAGGGCGGCCGUGAAUGGCAAUGUCUUGCAGAUGAGUCUGGGUUAUAGUCAUCCGGUACUGAUGGAUAUCCCGCUGGGCUUGAAGGUAAAGGUGGAAGGGAACACGAACAUCACUGUUACUGGAUAUGACAAAGUGGCAGUCGGAGACUUCUGCGCGAACAUCCGAAGCAAGAGACCUCCAGAGCCAUACAAGGGAAAAGGAAUCAAGUACUCAGAUGAAAUUAUUAGAAGGAAGGAGGGAAAGACUGGAAAGAAGAAGUAAUGAAUGAAAAAGGUUGGUUGGCCAGCCACUGCUGUCUGUGGCUCUGGUUCUUGCUCUGGUUCUUGUUUGCUCUGGUUCGGGAAUCAUGCCGAGUUGGUGGAUGGGAGAGAGAAUCAUUUAGUUGUAUUCAUUCGUUCAUUUAUUCUGUCGGUUCAGGAGAGAGGUAGGCACUUGAAAGGGAGUUCUAUCCAGUGAGUGGUUUUUAUUUCCACUUGUAAAUUUUGAAUGACUGCUAUUUUUCUAGCAGGAAGAACCCACAGUCUGCUUAUCUGCAGCAGCGGAUGCGGCCAUGGGUCUGUGAGGAGCGUCUUUGCGUAUUGAUGCAUUCUCUUCUAUUUCGGAAGAGGAAAGGGAGGCUGCAAGCAUUUCCUCUACCUCAUGAUUUGUGUGCCCAACUGGGCUUUCACUUGAUAAAGUCCUGUUCCAUGCUGGUUGGCACACUCGUAAAUUGUCUUCUUAGCCAGGCUCACUGUGUGCAUAUACAUGUCUGGCUGUGUGUGUGUGUGUGUGUGUGUGUGUGUUUGUGUUUGUGUGUGCGUGAGAGAGAGAGAGAGAGAGAGAGGUAUUGGUAUCUGUAAUUGGCUUUUGUUA